AUGUUAUUAGAUACACUCGGGCAUAGUUUUCGUAACCGAGUCAUCCGAUUUAACUUUCAUCGCUCUGGUGAAACUGUUAGUAGGUACUUCAAAGCUGCAUUACAUGCUGUAGGGGAGUUACGCAAUGAAUUUAUCAAGUCUCUACCACCUGAAACUCCAUAUAAGAUUAAAUCAAGUAAUAGGUUCAUGCCAUUUUUCAACGAUUGUAUUAGCGUGAUAGAUGAAACUCAUAUUAAAGCUAGGGUUCCAAAAGAGAACGAAGUCGCGUUUAGAGAAAGGAAACCAUCCCUAACACAAAAUGUUUUAGCAGCAGUAGAUUUUGAUUUAAGAAUCACAUAUGUGCUUGCUGGUUGGGAAGGUUCUGCUCAUGACGCAGCAGUACUUAAAAAUGCAUUAGAAAGAUCAGAUGGUUUACGUGUCCCAGCAGGUAAAUAUUAUCUAGCUGAUGGUGGCUAUUCCACACGAAAUGGUUUUAUUUCAACAUAUCGUGCCACAAGAUAUCACUUGAAGGAGUUUAGUUCUAUUCAACCUACAAAUUCAAAUGAGCUUUUUAAUCUACAACAUUCCUCCUUAUGCACUACUGUUGAGCGUGCAUUUGGUUCCUUGAAAAACCAUUUCACAAUUAUAAAAUGUGAACCCUACUUUCCUCUACAAACUCAAGUUGAAAUUGUGAUUGUCUGUUGCAUACUGCAUAAUUGGAUAGUUACAGAAGGUGGGGAUGAGUUCAUUCAAUCCGAGGAUGAAUGGGCUAGAAGGAGUCACUUUAGAAGUAGAGAUCAAGCAGCUGUAGAAGAUUCACGAGAAUGGCUCGAUAAAAGGGAUGAAAUUGCUCAAUUCAUGUGGACUCGCAUGCAAAAUUAUGGAUAUUAA